AUGCGCACCCGUGUUCGGCAGGAGAAGAGGUUUAUAUCGUUGCAAGAUGGCGGACCUCCUUGGUUCAAUCUUAAACUCGAUGGAGAAACCUCCUACAGUCGGCGACCAAGAAAGCCGACGAAAGGCUCGAGAGCAAGCUGCAAGACUAAAGAAGAUGGAAGAAUUGGAGAAAAGAAAGAAAGCAGAGUUUAGGAAGAAGAUGGAGAAAGAGGUGUCGGAUUUCAUCCAAGACAGCUCACAACAAAAAAGAAAAUACAGCCCUAUGGGAAAAAUUGAAAGGAGUAUACUGCAUGAUGUUGCAGAAGUGGCUGGUCUCACUUCGUUUUCUUUCGGAGAGGAUGAGGAGAGUCGCUACGUCAUGCUGUUUAAGAAGGAGUUCGCUCCGUCGGACGAAGAGCUGGAGGCGUAUCGCAAAGGAGAAGAGUGGGAUCCGCAGCUGGCAGAACAGCGACGCAGACUAAAAGAGCGGGCUGCGUUAGAAGAAGCGGCGUCCACUCAGACAGAAAAGACACAAGCAUGUCCCAACUCCAACUACAGAGACAAGUACAGUCACCUGAUAGGCACCUCAGCUGCUAAAGAUGCAGCUCACACACUGGAGGCUAACAGGAGUUACGGCUGUGUGCCGGUGGCCAACAAAAGGGACACGCGCUCCAUAGAGGAAGCCAUGAACGAAAUCCGAGCGAAGAAGCGGCAGAAGCGCGAAGACGACACGGGGGCACAGAGCAGCAGUUUCUGAGUUCCCGCUGUUGCUGUUGUGUGUUACUUUGUGUGCGCAGUUCGAUUCUUCUGUCGAUGCAGUUUUCCAUACUUUAUGACUUUAAAGUAUAGCUUAUUGAUUGGUCAGGCUUUACGUCUGUAUGAACAUGACUGUGAUCUUGCCCAGUGGACGAUAUUUAGGUUUGCGGAUUAUUGGCGACUCUUUAACAUCUUCUUGUCACGUUCUGUUAGUCAUCGGAUGCCACGUGCCAUUUUAAACCGUAACAGUAUGAGUCAGUUGUUUGGAAAGUGUCUUGUCAUUCAGAAAAAAACAUGACGAUAGAUCAUUUUUAAAUAAAAUCUUUUGUUGCUUAAUUAUAAUUUUUGAUGCAGCUGCAUAUUUAAAAAAUGUUAGGAAAAGUUUUAUUAUUUAAAAUCACUGCUAAUUUUGUACCUUGGCUGUGUUUUAGCAAGUUGCAGCUGCAGAUUUCCAUCGAUAAUGUUUAAAAAUCCCCAGUGCAUGUAGAAACAAACUUUACCUCUUUACCAGCUUCUUGUCAAUUAGUUUUUAAUUAAGGGUCAAUUUUUUCACUUUGAAAGGUUAAACCUCGCUAAAUGUGUCCAUCACAGGAGUAAGCCAGUUUUAAAACCCACUUUAUCUGAAUUUUUAAAUGUGAUUUUUGCUUUGUUUCUACACAUUGGCACUGACUUGAGUGUGAUAGUUUUAAUUUUUUUUUUUUCCAUUUUAAGUCAUGCAACAGGUGUCGUACUACUAAAAUGGAGUAAAGAUACAAAUCUCCUUUUAGCAUUAAGAUUUAUUUAAUCAUCAUCAUCAGACUUUGAACCAAGGAGGAAUAGCGUGGCGUCAUUAUGUCUUUUUAAACCUUGUUUUGUUUCCAUGUGUGUUAAUAAAUGCUGCUUACAACUUUGUGUUACCUUUACUUUUGGCACGCUUCUUAUUUUGUUAGCAUUUUAAUCCACCAACAUGCUACAUUAAAAACAUGCUGUAUAAAAUAUAUUGUAGAAUAAAAGAUUGCACUACUGGAUCCUAA